AUGGAAGAAGGAAGAAACCUGGAAAACUACACUGUCCAGGGUCUUCUUGAUGAGCUCAGAACCUAUGAGCACGAGCUGAAGAAGAAGAAGGAAGAACAAGUCACUCCCUUCCCCACGGCACUAAUGACAACUCCCAGAGUCCCAACAAGUGAAGGGACAUGCCCAAGAAGCUGUGACACACCCUCCUCCUGCCAGCCGUCAAGCUCAAAAAUGGAGAACUACGAUGAGGAAUUUGCCAUGAUGGUCAAGCAAUUCCGAAAGUUCAAGAAGUUCUUCAAGAAAGCUGACUCAGUCAGAAGGCCAUCCAAGGGAAAGCCACAGGUAAGUGACUCUCCUCCUGAAUCUUAUUUGUGUUAUAACUGCAGGAAGCCUGGCCACUGGAAGUCAGCAUGCCCGUACCCAAAGGUGGAGAAGCACGGAGAGAGAGAAAGGAACGAGAAGAAAAAGAAGGCAAUGGUUGCUGCUGAGAGUGACGAGUCAUCCAGCUCAAGCUCGGAUGAAGAAGCCCUCGUCUGCAUGGAGCGCAGAGUUGAAAAGUCCAACCAAGAGGAUAGGUGGACUAUGUCAGAAGAUGACACUUUCUGCCUAAUGACCAAAGAUGAUGCUGAUCAAGAGGUAACUUCACAAACCUCCUUCUCAUCUUCUUAUGAAAGCAUACCAACUUCUGAAAAUCUUUUUGACCAGUUCAAAAAGAUGAUGGUAGAUUUUGAGGAAAUAAAUCUCAAACAUUCUUCCUUAACAGAGGAGAACAAACUAUUGAGUGAAGAGAAUCUCAAUUUGACUGAAGGUCGGAAAAGUCAACUUUAUGAAAUCACUCAACUCAAGACUGCAAAUGAAUCUCUCUCUGAAAAGGUGAAAUCCCUUAACAAAGAACUAGGGAUACUUAAGUCUAAGGAAGCAGUGGAUAAGCUUCUUGAAACGACCAACAAUAAGGGUUGUAAAGGACUUGGGUUUGACCCCUCUAGAUCUAAAAGGAAAGGGAAAACAACUUUCAUCCCUCCUAAACCUACUGCUAAACCAAAUAAGCAGAAAGGAAAGGAAAAGGAGAAACCAACAGAAGUUCCCAAAAAG